AUGGAAACAAUUCCAUCGGCUCCAGUUCGAUCUACCGAAGAAAGUAUAUGCGAAAAACACUAUGCUGCUACUACGAUGCGCAAUCCCACAGGGCGGUACAUUGUGCGUCUUCCGAGAACUGAAGAUUCCGAAAAGGUUCUCGGGGAAUCAAGGUCGAUUGCUGAUCGCCGCUUCCUGAGCUUGGAACGGCGAUUAGAUAGAGAUCCUGCUACCAUGGACUCAUACCAUCGAUUCAUGGGAGAGUUUCUACAGCUUGGUCACAUGCAGGAAGUAUCAGAGCCUGUAGAUGAUCGAAUUAAACACUCCUACAUCCCCCACCGCGUCAUCUUCAAGGAAUCCAGCACUACCACGAAGGUCAGAGUAGUUUUCGACGCGUCAUGCAAGACCUCGUCCGGCUAUUCUUUGAACGACACGUUUCUUGUUGGACCAGUCGUCCAGCAAGACCUCUACUCCAUCUACACGAGAUUCCGGACAAAACGCAUUGCCAUAGUAGCAGACGUCGAGAAGAUGUACAGGCAGGUAUUGCAUCAUCUCGACGAUCGCCGUCUUCUUCGUAUCCGCUAUCGCAGAUGUCCAUCCGAUCCGAUCGCUACGUUCGAACUACAGACCGUGACAUACGGUACGGCUAGUGCACCGCACCUUGCAACGAAGACACUCCAGCAGAUUGCCAUCGACCAGGCGGAACUCUAUCUUGCUUCUGUCGACCCAGUGGUGGAAGAUUUUAACGUCGAUGAUCUGUUGUCCAGCGCAUCAGACUUGGAAUCCGCCAAAGCACCUCGCCUUCAAGUCUAUGCCAUGCUCGGUUCCGCUGGAUUUCCGCUGAAAAAGUGGGCGUCGAACGCUCCAGAAGUUCUCCAUGAUGUUCCGCCAGAAGAUCUGGCCAUACAACCUCUCCACGAUCUGCAGGAUGAGCAGAUAAUCUCCACGCUCGGCCUAUUGUGGGAUCCAAAGGCCGACAACCUUCGAUUCAAGGUAGAAGUACCUCCCCCGGCGGCCAUCCUUACCAAGCGGAAAGUAAUGUCGUACAUCGCCAAGAUUUUCGACCCACUGGGGCUUUUGGGUCCGGUCAUCGCAAAGGCAAAGCUUUUCAUGCAGCGUCUAUGGGCAUUGAAUCAUCACGGUGUUCUCUCUACAGUCCAAGUUCCUCGCUUCGUGUUUUCGUCAGUCGGUGCUACUAUCCAGCUCCAUUUCUUCGCCGAUGCAUCCUCCGUUGCAUAUGGAGCUUGCUGCUUCGUUCGCACGAAAUCGGCGAAAGAUAUACAAGUCCACCUGUUGACAUCGAAGUCAAAAGUCGCACCGCUAUCCAUGCAUCAUUCCAUCGCAAGACAAGAACUCUGUGCAGCACAUCUAGCAACUCAGCUCGUCAAGAAGGUGGAUGCCUCGCUGAAGACCACCACCAUCGCCUAUUUCUGGUUCGAUUCCAGCACCGUACUUCAAUGGCUGCGCGCCGUUCCAACCCGCUGGAAAACAUUCGUCGCUAACCGCGUAUCGAAGAUUCAGGCCACUACAAAUAUAGACCACUGGAGGCACAUAGCUGGUUCCGGAAAUCCUGCCGACGAUAUUUCGUGCGGCCUCAAUCCAACGGACAUUAUCAACUGUUCCCCCAUUAGUAGCCGAAUCGUUUCAACGUCCAUCGUACCACUCACCACUUCCGAGCUCCAGCACGCUGAAUACCAGCUCUGCCAUUUAGCGCAGAAAGGAACAUUUGCUAAGGAGUUGUCGGAUCUUUCGAAUGGCGAACGUGUCGCCAAGACAUCAUCGCUGAAGUGGUUGAAACCUUUUGUUGAUGAAGACGGUACUCUUCGCGUCAGUGGUCGCCUACGUAACGCCGCACUAUCCGUCGCAAACAAGCACCCGAUCGUUCUGUCCGCCAAACAUCCGCUGUCUACUCUGCUGGCUAGCAGUCUUCACAUUAGCCUACUGCAAGCAGGGCCACAACUCCUGCUAGUCGACCAUUGUGGACCAUUGUACGUGAAGUCAGCAGUACGAACCCGUGGCCCCACGAAAGUCUACGUGGCCAUAUUCGUUUGUUUCUCGACCAAGGCGGUCCACAUCGAGCUAGUGAGCGAUUUAUCGACUCCAGCGUUCCUAGCUGCACUCCGUCGUUUAGUCGCCCGCAGAGGAAGGAUCGUCGAACUCCAUUCGGACAACGCCACUACCUUCAAAGGAGCUUCGCAUGCACUUAACCGAGUCUAUCGCAUGUUGAAGACUGAAGCCGCCGAUCGAAACCAAAUCUUUGACUGGUGUUCCGGAAACGAAAUCACCUGGAAGUUUAUUCCACCACGAGCACCACAUUUCGGAGGCCUCUGGGAGGCUGCAGUCCAAUCGGCGAAGCAUCAUCUGCUGAAAGUAGUCGGCAACGUCAACCUUGCCUACGAGGAUCUACUGACCUUGCUGGCACAAGUCGAGAUGUCACCGAUUGGUCAGCCACGAAGUGUUUGGAAGAAGAUGAAUCGCAAGCAGCGCAAGGAACGCAGGAACCGUAUGAAGAAGAUGCACGGUAACAAGAUGGCCAAUGGCGGACAGGCCGUGACGAAGCAAGAAAGUCGCUUGGAGUUGUGA